AUGCAGAUCUGCACAUACACUAUAGCUUUUGCUCUUAUUACAACACUAGUAAAUGCUCAAUCAUAUGUUACGCCUGCUUUAAGACGAUCCCCCAGUUGCGCCAUGCUGGAUGCUGGUAAGAUUCAUUGCUUUGGCGGUCUAGCAGGUGCUGGUACCACUGGAAGACUCGAUGCCAUAUUAUAUACACUCGAUACUACAAAAGUCCAGAGCGACUAUGCAACACAUUGGGAAGAGCUUACAGACUCUAUCAAUUCGGAAAUCUUCACGACUUAUCCAAGAACACGAGCAUCAGUGGCUGUUACGAGCGAUAAGAAGAACAUGAUCAUUACAGGAGGAACUUUUGGUGUCAUAAGUGGCACUCCAGUCCGAAAUCUGGUUUACAACAUCGAUACAAACAGUUGGAGGGCAUUACCAAAUUUUGAUGAUGGCGUUAAUGGCAAUGAUAGACAAAUUUAUGUUGAAGCUACAAGUUGGGUUCCAGAUCAAUCCAAAGUUUAUGUUUUUGGUGGCACUCAAGUUAAGCCUGCUUAUAGAUGGUAUUAUGAUAACGUUUUGAACAGAAAUUUGACAAAUGUGAUAUAUGCAAAAGAUGAUGCAUCAUCGAAGAUUGGAUAUUACCGCAUGACAACCCUGGAUAUUGCAGCACAUGCUGCCACACCAUGGCAAGUGCCAACGCAGCAGAAUCCUCCUGUUUUUUCAUACUAUAUGCAAGCAUCUGUAUAUCAUCCUUCUUCAAAGAAGAUUUUCUACAUUGGUGGACUAGUCAAUAAUGCAACGACUGAAGAGAUAGCUGCCACUAGAAAUGUAUCCAUGUCUGAAAUAACAACAUUUGACACUGCAACUGGUGCUUGGGGAACUCAGAAUUUCACUGGAGAACUGAUUCCUUCUCCAAGAAAAUCUCAUACAGUGACAUUGUUACCUUCAGGGCAGGACAUUCUCAUGUAUGGAGGCACACAAAACGACGAUUCUUACGGUGUAGCAGAUUUCUGCUACACAGCAAACCUACAUACAUUUGUAUGGACAUCUUGUAAUACUAUAACAUUGCCCAACAACAACCCUCCCACACGAACAGAGCACGCUGCCGUGUUGGAUGAAUCCAAGAAAGUAGUAUACAUUUUAUUUGGAUAUCAGGAGCUGAGAUCCUUGGCAAACACCUUCAAUACAGUGCUUGCUAUCAAUGUGACAGAUCCCAAGCGAGUCAACUUUAUAGAUACUUCACGAAAGCUGUUCACGGCAGCAGAAGAGCCAACUUCAGCAGCAGAUAAUAAAAAAGAUAACUCACAAACAGCAAAUCCUAGCAAUGAUGACAGUAUAACCGUGGGCGCUGCUGUCGGGGGAUCGCUUGGAGGUCUGCUGUUGAUUGGCAUCGCUGCAUUUCUCGUCUGGAGAAAGAAGCUAACUGACAAGAAGAAAAAGCUCGCCAAGCAAAGGCAAGAAGAGGAGGCAGAGCAGUUGUCUGUUGACUGGGAUGCUAUUGAGGGAGGAUUCACAGAAUCAUGUCCUAUUCCUAUAAAUGAAAAGGACCAACAGUAUUUGAAGCCGUUUGAUCCAUCAGUUCUUACCGAGAAUAAGCAGCAGCCUCUGGUCAUGAAAAGUGAAUCUGCUGAAAGCACAAUGGCUUCGUUGCCCGUUCCUGACGCCGUCGCAAAUGAAGUUUUGGUUCCUGAUGGUGGGGCCCUCAGUGAGCUCAUGACAAAGCCAGACGUACUCAGCAGACAGUGA